AUGGCUGAUGAUACCCCCGUGUCUGCGCCCGUCGAGGGCGACCAGCCCGAGCGCGCUACUGAGCAACCCACUGACUCCGAGAAGAAGUCUGAGGGUGUGACUGAGUCGGAAGACAAGCCUGCCGAGACUGAAGCCACGACCGAGAAGAACGCGGGCGCUGAAGCUGAGGCCGAUAAGCCUACUGCCGCUGAUGAAGUUCCCGAGGCCAAGGCUGAUGGCGAAACUGCCGAAGCUGCACCUGCCGAUGCAGAGGCUGCUGCGCCCGCGGAGACCAACGGAACCCCUGCCUCGGCAAAGAAGUCCUCCAAGAACCGUCGCACCUCCACUGGUGCCACUCAGAAGCUGAGCCGCAAGAAGUCCCAGAGUCGCAUCACUCACCUGGACGCUAAGCCCGGCCAAACCUAUCUUGCACGCCUUCGCAGUUAUGCGCCCUGGCCCGCUAUCAUCUGUGACGAGGGCAUUCUGCCUCCCAGCUUGCUUGAAACUCGCCCCGUUACCGCCAUGCAGAAGGAUGGAUCCUACAAAGGCGAGUAUGGUGACGAUGGCAGACGCGCCCAUGAACGUACCUUCCCCGUCAUGUUCUUCGACACCAAUGAAUUUGCCUGGGUUCCCAACACCAACCUGACCCCGCUCGACCCUGCCGAGUGCAAAAACAUCUCCGAGAAGAAUAAAAGCAAAUCACUCGUCAAUGCCUACAAGGUCGCAUCCGAGGGCCACAACCUUCAGUACUUCAAGAAGCUCCUGAACGAGCACCAGGCAGCUAUUGACCAGGAAGAGGCUGAGUUUGAAGCUCAGGAAGCAGAGAAGGCAGCUGCCAAGGCCGCAAAGGAGGCCAAGAAGGGUAAGCGCAAGAGCAAGGGUGCUGAGACUGAUGUUGAGAUGGAGGAUGCGGACGACUCCAAGAAAUCCAAGGCUCCUUCUAGGAAGCGCAAGAAGGACGUUGAGACCGAUGCUGAGACGGAAAAGCCCGCUAAGACUCCCAAGUCCAACACCAAGCUCAAGUUGACCACCCCCAAGGCUCCCGCCGAGGACACCGGAAAGAAGACUCCCUCAAAGACCAAGAAGGCACCUGCCAAGAAGGGCAAGGCAGCUCCCGCUGCCAGCGACGAAGGAGACAGUGCCGAUGCUAAGGAAUCCGAAAAGCCCAUUGACCCAGAGGAGUUGAGAAAGAAGAAGGAGAAAGAGAUUCUGUUCCUCCGUCACAAGCUUCAGAAGGGUUUCAUCUCCCGUGACCAACCCCCCAAGGAAGAUGAGAUGGCCAGUAUGGCCAGCUACUUUGACAAGUUGGAGAAGCACUCGGACUUGGAGGUGUCGAUCAUCCGUUCGACCAAGAUUAACAAGGUCCUUAAGAUGAUUGUCAAGCUUAACUCAAUUCCUCGGGAUGAGGAGUUUAACUUCCGCCACCGUGCUAUGAGUAUCUUGUCUAGCUGGAAGAACAUCCUGGACGCGGACACUCCCGGCCCUGCUGACAAGGAUGAGAAGCCUGCGGUUAACGGAUCUAAGGAGGAGGAUGGCGUUGAAACCCCCAAGCUGGAGACAGAAGAGGAGAAGGAGCCUGAGUCCAAGUCGACCAAGGAUGUUGAUUCUCCCAUGCCCGACGCGGAUGAGAAGGCCCCCGAGCCGGAGAAGGAAGAAAAGCCGGAGAAGGCAGUUGAGGAGCCCACCGAGGAGAAGUCCGAGGAGAAGUCCGAGGAGAAGUCCGUCGAGGCUACUGCUUAA